UACAUCUGGCAACUGCAUAGUUUGCGUCGGCCACCACUCGAGCCGCAUUCAGGUUUCUCGAGCUCACCUAGCCAGUAAAUACCGUAGUACAGGUAGUAGGCUACAUGAACGAAAUCCGGAAGAACACCCAAAUCAAGUUGCUCAAUCUUUCCACAAACACAUGCAAUUAUUCUUCUUCCAGUUAUUUGAUUUUAGUGAAACAAAACGUUUUGAUUAUAACGCCUAUUCUGAGAGAGAGAAAAUAUGACGGAACCACCAGUUCACAAGAAAAAGAUGCUGAUUCUAGUUGAUGUUCUCUGUGUAGUUGUCGCGGCAAUGCCGUCAGCAAUCCUGACGUUAAUGUUCAGUCCGUACCAGAGGGGUAUCUACUGUGAUGAUGAGAGCAUCAGGUAUCCUUACAGAAGAUCCACCAUCUCACACAGGACCAUGGCUGCAGUUACCAUCACCUCCUCUGUGGUCAUAAUAACGACGGGAGAGGCAUACCUGGUAUACACCAAACGUCUCCACUCCAACUCCAACUUUAACCAGUACCUGUCAGCUCUCUACAAGGUCGUGGGGACCUUCUUAUUUGGAGCCGCUGUGAGCCAAUCACUGACUGACCUGGCCAAGUUCACCAUCGGCAGGCCACGCCCUAACUUCCUGACUGUGUGUAAUCCCACGGUGUGUUCUGGGUACAUGGUUCAACUUAACUGUACCGGCAACCCUCGAAAUGUCACAGAGUCCAGGUUGUCCUUUUAUUCAGGACACUCCUCCUUUGGGAUGUACAGCAUGCUGUUCCUAGCGUUGUAUGUGCAGGCCCGUGUGCAGGGGAAAUGGACCCGCCUGUUCAGACCCACAGUGCAGUUCUUCCUUGUGGCAUUUGCAUUGUACGUUGGAUACACGCGAGUUAGCGACUACAAACACCACUGGAGUGAUGUACUGGUGGGAUUACUGCAGGGAAUGCUCAUCGCUGUGCUAAACGUUCGCUACGUGUCAGAUUUCUUUAAGCGCCGUCCCGCUCCGCGAUGCCCGCAACCAGAGACCACAGAGGAUGAACAUCUAGAGGCCAAACCUGGCAUGAACCCAGAAACGCAACACAAGAACCACUACAACUACACGACUACAGCCUGAACGCAUAAACAUAACCCUUACUAUAUGUACACGACUACAGCCUGAACGCAUAAACACAACCCUUACUAUAUCUACACGACUACAGCCUGAACGCAUAAACACAACCCUUACUUUAUCUACACGACUACAGCCUGAACACAGCUGUACAACCACUAAACAAGAUUCACAACCGCUAUUGUGCUGCUGGUGUGUUUCCGCGCACGCUUGCGUACACGUGCAUGUUUGCUUGUGUGACUGUUUUAAUGCAUUUUAAAUGUAGUUGAUUUCAAUAUUAUGUACUGAAAGGUGGAACUUUUGGUUCUAGCAAAGAGUUGGUCUGGUUUCCUGGAUUUCAAUAAUGCUAAAUUAAGUUAGCAUAUAUUUGUAUCCUGCAGUACUUUUUAAACUGCCCUGUAGUUUGUAUUGGGAAAUGCAUUUUUUAUUUGUGUUUGCAAUGCUUUGUUUCCUUUCAUUAUUUACACUGGAGCGAACAUUCAUUUUAUAUCCAAUUAAGAGAGCUGCCUCCAAGCCUUGUCCCAGGGGGUCACAUGGGUUGCAGGCUUUUGUUACAGCCCAGCACAGACACUGUGACUAGAUGAAUCAAGUGUUAAUGCUGGGCCGGGUCCAAAGUAUGCUCAUUCUGAAGUCCUCCAAGAGGGUCAAAGUCCAAAGUGGUGUUAAAAUGGUAGGCCUAUGGAGUUAGCCCUAGCAUGUCUCUAGAAGACAGACUGUGUGACAGUAUUGAGUUAAGACUUACCAAUUGUUUUAUUUCUGCUGUAUUUGUGAGAAUAUAAUACCACUGUGAUAUUUGUUAUUGACCAAACUUGUAUGUUUUGUAUUAGUUAUUCCACUUGACUAUGCUAUCAAGCUGUGCACAAAUGUAGUAUAUGUCCAGAGAUCUUGCCAUGAGCUCUCCUGGAAAUGUAGAUGUGGACAAUCAGCAGUGUCAAAUUUUCCACACUAAUCUUCAAUAAAUGUGUCUGUGACACUAUAGCCACAAUCAACUGGGUAUAUGUAGCAGUACGGCCUAGAACUUCAGCAACUGUUGAAGGAACAGGGAAUGUUCAGGAUUCAUAGCAACCCGUUUACAAAAGAUCUGACUGGGUGGUUUGAAUCCAGAAUGCUGAUUGGCUGAUAGGUGUGGUGUACGAGACUACAUACUACAGAUAUGACAUCACAUAAAUUUGUACUGCUCUACUUAUGUUGGAAAUGGGUUUAUAAGUUCAAUAAGGCAUCUUGGUGGUUUCUGCUAUAUUGCCAAUAUACCACAGCUAAGCGCUGUGUCCAAACAUUCUACAAUGCCUCUUGUCUAAGAAAAUCUCUUAGUUGUCAUAUAGUAGCCAUAUACCACAUCCUUUGUGCCUUAUUGCUUAUGCAUAUGUCCUCUACGGACCUGAUUGUGGAUUGUGACAUAUGGAAGGGAUAUCAUAAAUGUGUACCUCAACCAGGGUUACUACAAAGCCAUGGGCGUGGUUUAAACAAUGUCACGGUGGAUGGUGUCAACCCUCUUUUUCAAACCCUUUCGCAGUACAAUUUUCACCCUUGCAAAUUAGCCUAGAAGCUUAUGUGGGUGAAACACUGUAAUGGCGUUCAACUCCCACGUUGCAGCGGGCCUGUCCAGACAUGUCUAACGGACUUCAGGAUACCGGGAUGCCUGUCAAUUGGAUGAACUCCAGCGUACCGUACAGGCAUUCUUGUAUGCAAACAGUCAAGUACAUCCAAAGAAAGCUACGUCUCUCCGUUGAGUCAUUUAUUUGUAAGGCACCGUAGACAUUUCCUUACUGCAUUCAGUCAUGUUGUGUAGUUGAUGUUUGGUUGGUUUACAUUAGAUUUUACUUUUCCCCCUCCGUGUCUUUUCUUUUAAAUGAAGUUAUAAGUAUUGUUUUUUUUUUUUUAUAACACAUACAACAUAUCGCCAAGUACACAAUUAUGAAGUUUCACAUA